AUGAAGCUCAUCAAUCGACUCAUGCGAUGGAACAAAAUUAGCACCGAGGAGUUCCACCCCACUGAAAUAGAUCAAGCCCUCACAGUCAUUGCUCUUGGCCAUACAGAUGCCGACACUGCCCACAUUCUCGACCCCUCGGUCAACUCCAACUCGCCAUGGGCCCUACAGAGAGAAGACACCGUCGACUGGCGUUCCUUCACCUUCUCGGGCCCGGGUGUCCGACCACUGAGAAUCAUUGACCUGGGCGCCUCGCAGCCCAGCGAAAUUCAGCUUGCGAACGCCACCGCCAUGAUAUUUGUUACCGACCUGGAGCCAUAUGACCAGCCUGCCCCACCGCCGGAACUUAAUCACUUCAAGAGCAUGUUGGCGCGUCUCGCCGCAGUCAGGAGCCGAGCUCCUGAACUGCCCUUGAUUCUCUUCCUGCGCAACGCUGGUCCUUUUCGACGGAAACUGGACGAGGUGCCCUUGGAGAGCUGUUUUCCGGGAGAGGAUCACACCCCUCUGGAGGAUGAGUCCCAGGUAGUUUCAGGAGCAAAGCUCCUGGCUCGUAAAAUCAAAGAGACGCAACCAGGGCCAGAGCCUGAGGAGGGGUCUUUUCACUUACAUUUCAUAGCUGGGGAGACGAGUGUUGAAGAAAUCACCUUUAUCAUCGAAGACUUUCCAAAAGAUCCGGCAGGCGUCAGGACCGACGUCAGCGGCGGCGAGGGCGGCAAAGGCACCAUCUGCGGCUCGACGGACUUUAUUUAA